GCGCGCCCUUCCGGCUCCUCCUGUCGUGCGCAGGCGCGUGGGCCGAGGCGCCGGGAGUCGUCUCGCGGGGACUAUGUUGCUUCCCAACAUCCUGCUCACGGGUACUCCAGGGGUUGGAAAAACCACGCUAGGCAAAGAACUUGCAUCAAGAUCGGGACUGAAAUACAUUAAUGUGGGUGAUUUAGCUCGAGAAGGGCAGCUGUAUGAUGGCUAUGAUGAGGAGUACGAUUGUCCCAUUUUAGAUGAAGAUAGAGUGGUUGAUGAGUUGGAAAACCACAUGCGUGAAGGUGGAGUUGUUGCUGACUACCAUGGUUGUGACUUCUUCCCUGAACGCUGGUUUCAUAUAGUCUUUGUGCUGACAACAGAUAACAGUGUAUUGUACAAAAGACUCGAAACAAGGGGUUAUAAUGAGAAGAAACUUAAAGACAAUAUUCAGUGUGAAAUUUUUCAAGUUCUUUAUGAAGAAGCAUUAGCAUCCUACAAGGAAGAAAUAGUGCAUCAGCUGCCCAGCAAUACACCAGAAGAUCUGGAAGAUAAUGUCAAUCAGAUAUUGAAAUGGAUUGAGCAGUGGGUCAAAGAUCACAGCUCUUGACUGACAAGACUGGCCACUUUGCAAUCACUCUUGAUGUCUCUCUGCCCACAUCAUAUAAAUUGUCCAGUUAUCAGUAAAACUGUUUGAAGAUGAUCU